GCAUGCGCUGUGGAGCUUUGUUACUGUUAGCUACUUUGGCCCAGUUACUAGCUACUGUAAAAAUGGCGUUAAGCAAAACCUUUGGGCAGAAACCGAUAAAAUUUCAGUUAGAGCAAGAUGGAGACUUUUACAUGGUUGGAUCAGAGGUUGGAAACUACCUGCGUAUGUUCAGGGGCUCCCUGUAUAAAAGGUACCCAUCACUCUCGAGGAGGUUAGCCUCCGUAGAGGAGAGGAAGAAAAUUGUAGCAUCAUCUCACGCCACAAGUGUGACUCUGCUGAAGGCAUCCGAAUGUGAAGAGAUCUUCGAGGGGAACGAUGAGAAGUACAAAGCUGUUUCUAUCAGCACAGAGCCACCGGCCUACCUCAGGGAGCAGAAGGCGAAGAGGAACAGCCAGUGGGUCCCCACGCUGCCCAACAGCUCCCACCACCUGGACGCCGUUCCCUGCUCCACCACCAUCAACCGCAACCGCAUGGGCCGCGACAAGAAGAGGACCUUCCCCCUGUGCUUUGACGACCACGACCCGGCGGUGAUCCACGAGAACGCGUCUCAGGCCGAGGUGCUAGUUCCCAUCCGUCUGGACAUGGAGAUUGACGGGCAGAAGCUCAGAGAUGCGUUCACCUGGAACAUGAACGGUACUGCUCCACUCUCCAUCCCCCGGGUGGAAGACUGCUUUGGAGCGACAAAGUCCAAGAAGCUGAUGACCCCGGAGAUGUUUGCAGAGAUCCUGUGUGACGACCUGGACCUAAACCCCCUGGCCUUUGUCCCGGCCAUUGCCUCAGCCAUCCGCCAGCAGAUAGAGUCCUACCCCACAGACAGCAUCCUGGACGAGCAGACCGACCAGAGGGUCAUCAUCAAGCUGAAUAUCCACGUGGGGAACAUCUCCCUGGUGGACCAGUUUGAGUGGGACAUGUCGGAGAGGGAAAACUCUCCGGAGACGUUUGCCCUCAAGCUGUGCUCCGAGCUGGGCCUGGGAGGAGAGUUUGUCACCACCAUCGCCUAUAGCAUCCGCGGCCAGCUCAGCUGGCACCAGAGGACGUACGCCUUCAGGUCUGAUUUCAGUGAGAAUCCCCUGCCUACGGUGGAGAUCGCUAUCCGCAACACAGGUGACGCCGACACGUGGUGCCCCCUACUGGAGACCCUGACGGACGCAGAGAUGGAGAAGAAGAUCAGGGACCAGGACAGGAACACCAGGCGCAUGAGACGACUUGCCAACACUGCCCCUGCCUGGUAGAGCGAAGCAGCAAUAAACUACUACAGAGCCUCUGGUCAACUAACGGUCAGCCCCAAUGGGCCCUCUGACACACACACAAACUCAACAAUAGACAUUCCACUGGUCCCUUCUUACAGCCCCCAUAAUGUUAACUAACUCUAUGCUUGGCUGUCAUGUCCUCUGGACACAGAUCCAGGACCAUUGUCACAUACCGAACUCCAUUAAUUAGAAUUACAUUUGAUCCAGGAACAGAGACUUUUGUUGAAGGAGCCUUAUCCAUUUCUAUUGAUGAAUCCCAAUCCAAGCCCCUGUAGUGGUUCAAGCCGCUACUCAUUUCUGAUGAGAUGAGGUGGUAAAUGACAGGUGCCAUGGGCAGAGUGUAUGGAUCAGUAUGAAAUGUAGCCUUUGUUGUUUCUACGGACUCACCAUCCAAGUGAGCUCAAACUGUAAUACUGCUCUGAUGCACUCGUAUCCCUCUUGAUGGACGAUGCAGAUGGAUGACUGACUGACGUGUCCGUUAAUAGAAACUAUUGUUACACUCGAGCAGACUCAACUCUUGCAAAUAAUGUAAACGUAUGUAUUGUGCUUUCUUUUUGUAAAGGUGCUGUUACUUUUAGUCAACGUUUUUGUUUUGUUUCCUUUUUUUAAUAAAAUGCCAUGUUUGUUGCUC